AUGGCAUUUGUCCUAAUCUCAUCGACGGCUGUAAUGAAUCACAAACCUGAAAAUAAAACUGACGAUUGCAAGAAUGAAGUAGAGACGGGACUAAUGUAUUACGUUCAAAGAAUCAAAUUAGCUGUGGCUAUUGCAAUAAUUCAAUCAACUCCAAGCGAUAAAGAUCCUCAACAAUAUGCUCUACACUUACAGCAGCAGUUUUGCAAUGAUAUAACUGAAUGGAAAGAUAAAUAUCGACUCUUAGAGGACAAAGUGCUGGAAUUAAAUGAGAAAUUAACAACAGCAAAACUGCAAUUCAAGACCAAUGAAGCAUGUUUGGGAUUUGAUGAUUGUAGUAACAUUUUUGAUGUUCCUGAUACGGCUGAUCCAGACAUCGUUUCAUAUUCCAUGGAAUCUAAGAUAAGGAAUAACAUGCAGUUUGUAAGUAACUUCAUAAUGUUGAAUUCUUCAGCUGCAUGUCAAAGUUUAUGUAAUGAAGAUGUCGAAGUUUCAAGCGAUGUUAUUUUGAAGUCAGUAACUAAUUUACUUGAAAUGCUGAAAAAUGAAGAGAGUUUCAAAUUGGACGGAAAUUUUGCAAAGCGUGCCAUUACGAACAUCCACAGACUUCUGACGAUUCACCAGGAAGGAUUUAGCGAUGCAAUUACUAAGAUGUGCCUGUCUUUUGUUGAUGAUUUAUUACUUGAUAUUUAUCAGACCACCGAAAUCAAUAAGGCAAAUGAACAGCACCAUCGAAGCACUUUGAUUCAGAUUGUCGCAAAACAUCGGAGUUUGACAAUAUCAGUUCUUUGCAGGCUUCUUCGAGAAAUAACUGUGUAUUCUGAUAUUUUAGAAAACAUAAUAGGUAAGGAAAACGAUAAUUUUUUGCCAAGUUUAAACGCUGAAAAUUCAUAUUUUGUUCUGCAAUCAGCAGAAGGAGUAAUGGGUAUUUUAAAAAAGCAGAAUAGCUCAAUAAAUGUCUUAAAAAUUCCAGAUGCCUUGCUUACAGAGUGGCAAAUCACUACUGAAAAAUCUUUGGAUGGGCUGGGAAUGCAUUUUCCAACAUUUUCAAUUUAUACUUGGCAUAUUAAAUCAUUGUUAGAAUCCAUUAUUUGCUGCGGUUUUGAAAUAAAUUAA